CUCUCCCUAUUUCUAAUAUGGCGUGAGAAUGUUUACGGUUGAGAUAAAAGUGACCGUCUGGCAGCAUGGGCAAACAGUGAAAUAGUGUCACAAAUUGAAAAAAAAAAAGAAACAAAGGUACAACAUGUUUUAUCACAUCUCGCUAGAACACGAGAUUCUAUUGCAUCCGCGAUAUUUUGGGCCCCAAUUACUUGAUACAGUAAAGCAGAAACUUUAUACAGAAGUGGAAGGCACUUGUACAGGAAAAUAUGGCUUCGUUGUCGCGGUUACAACGAUAGAUAACAUAGGAGCUGGGAUCAUACAGCCAGGACAAGGCUUUGUAGUUUAUCCAGUCAAAUAUAAAGCCAUUGUGUUUAGACCAUUCAAAGGUGAAGUGUUGGACGCAAUUGUGACCCAAGUAAAUAAGGUGGGAAUGUUUGCUGAAAUAGGUCCACUUUCAUGUUUUAUAUCUCAUCAUUCAAUCCCAGAAGAUAUGCAAUUUUGCCCAAAUGUGAAUCCAGCUUGUUAUAAAUCAAAGGAAGAAGAUGUAGUUAUCCAAGCAGAUGAUGAAAUUAGAUUAAAAAUAGUGGGCACCAGAGUCGAUGCUACAGGAAUUUUUGCCAUUGGAACGUUAAUGGACGAUUACUUAGGACUUGUAUGCAAUUAAUAUAUCUGGAUUCUGACAUUUGCAAAAAAUGUUCUAAGUUCCAAAACAAAAAUAUCUGAAAACAAUAUAAACACUUAAAGAGAAUUUCUUGUAUUUAUAUACAAUAGGGAAUAAAUCAAUUGAAUUUAAAAAAAUACAAAAAUAUAGAAGGUAAUAGUGUAUAAAAGCUGUCAAAUAACAAUUGUAAUAUUAGAUAUAUGUAACUCUGCC